UCAAAACAAGCCAAAGAAAAAGGGCAGAAAAAGCACAUAAAAGUCUCUCUCUCUCUCACGCACACACACACUCUGUCGAGAAUCCAUUCUCUUUCGCCUAAACUUUCUCUCUCUACAACAACAACAAUGGCGGCUCUGCUCACAGACAAUCUCAGCCGCGAACAAUACCUCUACUUAGCCAAACUCGCCGAACAAGCCGAACGCUAUGAAGAAAUGGUCCAGUACAUGGACAAACUAGUCCUCAGUUCCACUCCCGCCGCCGAACUCACCGUCGAGGAACGAAACCUCCUUUCCGUCGCUUACAAAAACGUGAUCGGCUCUCUUCGUGCCGCGUGGCGUAUCGUAUCCUCCAUUGAACAGAAAGAGGAAUCGCGUAAGAACGAAGAACACGUGUCGCUCGUUAAGGAGUACAGAGGUAAAGUUGAGAAUGAGUUAACGGAGGUUUGUGCUGGUAUACUCAAGUUGCUCGAGUCGAAUCUCGUGCCGUCUGCUUCUACGGGUGAAUCGAGGGUGUUUUACCUCAAAAUGAAAGGUGAUUAUUACCGGUAUCUAGCGGAGUUUAAGGUUGGAGAUGAGCGGAAGCAAGCUGCUGAAGACACUAUGAAUUCUUAUAAGGCUGCUCAGGAAAUUGCACUAGCAGAUCUGCCUCCAACACAUCCUAUAAGGCUGGGUCUUGCACUUAAUUUUUCAGUCUUCUACUUUGAGAUUCUGAACUCAUCUGACAAAGCUUGUAGUAUGGCAAAACAGGCUUUUGAGGAAGCCAUAGCUGAGCUGGACACUUUAGGUGAAGAAUCUUACAAGGAUAGCACCCUCAUAAUGCAACUCCUACGAGACAAUCUCACACUUUGGACCUCAGAUGCUCAGGAUCAGUUGGAUGAGUCUUGAUUGUAUGCCGACUCAUCAUCUCUUUUAAGGGGUGGGCUCCAAAUGUCAUUUGCCUUUUGCUGACUUAUUGUAUAAGAAAAAGGACAGCUCCUCUUGUCUCUUGACAUUAUGUAUUCGAUAUUUUACUUAUGGUGGUAUGGAACUUGGAAAAGCUAGGAGUUAAAUUGCCAUAUUUUCUGCAUUUCUUUUAUGUUGGUAUCAGUUGCUGGCGUUAGAAUUUCCUUUUCCUUUUUUUAGCCGCGAACAGUCAAACCUGGUAUUGUGUAAGCUUGAGUUAUUAUAAGAAAAUUUAAAUGGGUGUGCUUUUUAUGA